UUGUUUUUUUUUGGCUUUCAACGUCGUGGUUUCACUUAUCUCUAUUUGGUGUAGUUGUUUUUGUGUGACUUGUGAACUGCUUUCACCGGUUAUCAGAUGAAAUUAGUGGAUCAACAAUUUAAUAAAAUUGACGGCCUUUUUUUUAAAAAAAAUAGGCAAAUGUUAAUUGUUAAUUUGUUAGUUUUUUUUUUAGUAGAAGGUGGAACCCGGGAUUUUUCUCUCCUUCCAUUCUUUCUUUCUUAACCAUCUGACUAACCUUAUAUCUCCAAAUUGAUGGGCUUUGUAAUAGAUGAGGAUGAAUAGUUCUAAAAACCAGAGCUUUGUUACACUAUUUCUUAAUGUUGGUGUCACUUUGUUGUGGAUGAUUUUAAGGUUUGUGUUUCAAAUUGUUGUGCUUCUGGGACAGAAUAGUUAUCUUUUUAAAAAAAUAAAAAUUCUUGGGGUUUUUAUUUAUUUGUUUUCCAUUUUUCUUUGAGGAAGCUGAUAGGGAUGCACCAACAAGAGAGAGGAGAGCUUUUUGAAUUGCAUGUCACUUUUGCCUAACCAUGUGGAAUUAGAAUAGAAGCAGAAGUUUGUUUGGCUUGGAAAGAUGCUUUACACGUGAAAGUCGGAGAAUGCUAUUUAAUGUCGCGUUUAAUUGUAUGUUGGCACAGAUCCAUAGAUUAGAAUUAGGUUUGCACCAUCCAUUAGUUAUUUGUCUCCAGUUGGUGAAGAAGUAAGAGAGAAUGAGAGAGAAUAUUUAUGAAGUUCAUAUGUAGUUGGUGGAAGCUAUAUAAUAGCUUGCUUUGUCAACUGGAAUUAGAGGGGACCAUGUGCUAAGAAUAGAAUAAAAGAGUUAUUCUCAAUACUGGUAGGAGUUUCCAUGAUGAAAGUGCCAUGCCAUUGGCAUUUUGCGUUCUUGAUGAACUUAUUGAGGAGCUAAGAACUAGGUCAUGUCCUGUUGUAUUUGCUGCUUUUUCUGCUGGGUCAAAAGCAUGUCUGUUCAGGGUAUUUCAGCUUAUUGAUGGAAGAUGUGAAACUCCGCUCAACUUGCCUAACUAUCAAUUACUUAGGAACUGUCUUUCUGGACACAUAUAUGAUUCUGGUCCAAUAGAUGUUACAAGUGAUUUUGGCUUCCGCUUCACACUACACCCCUCCAUUGUAAAAGUGCCUGGACCAUCAAAACUUGUUUCUUGGGUAGCAAAAUCUGUUACCUCUGGUUUGGAUGCUUUGUACCUAACUAGAUUUGAAUCCCAAGCUGCUGAGCAUUGGCAGGCUUUAUAUUCUUCUGUUAAUUUUGGAGCUCCAUUUCUCAUUUUAUGUUCUGAGAAUGAUGACCUUGUGCGAUACCAAAGUAUCUAUGAAUUUGCUCAACAACUACGCAAUCUCAGUGGUGAUGUCAACCUUGUAAAUUUCAGUAGCUCCUCUCACCUUGGUCAUUACAAACACCAUCCAAUUGAAUAUAGAGCUGCUGUGAGCCAUUUAUUAGAGAAGGCUUCUUCAAUAUAUUCACAAAAAAUGUUGCUUGAACGAGAAAGAACUGGUAUGGAUGGUACACAGGAUGAGAUAUCUGAGUUAAUCUGUGACCUGCAGAAGGUGGCAAUCAAUUCAAAUAAGAGCCUUAGAAGAGUUGCAGUUGGGCCAACCGACCACUUCUUUUUGCCUAGUUCAGCAGGACAUUACAGUGAUAGAGAAUCUGGUGCUCCGCAAGACGAACAAAAAGAAAAACCUGUUUUUGUACCUAGCUUCCCAAGCAUCAGCGCUCAUAGUGUCCUUGGCCAAUUUCUUUUCGACGUUUGUGUUCCAAAGAAUGUUGAGGGUUGGGAUGUGAAAUCUUCUGGGAAUCUAAAUGGGAGGUCAUGUGCUUCAGCUCCAAGGCAUUCACUAUUCAGGGGUACUAAACGCAUCGGUCGGUCCAAAUUAUGAAGUUGUUCCCAUAUCUGACUUGAGGAGAUACUUUAUGAUAAACCUGUUUGAAACAUCAGCAGUUUCCCUAGACAAUACAGGAAGGUAUGAUAGAUUUUGGUGCAAUGAUUGGCUGUUAUGUCUGGCAGGGGACAUGUAAUGGCUGCAAUGGUUCAACAAUUAAUUCCUUGGCACUUUUGAGAAAGUGAUGGGGUGAUGUGGAUAAAGGUUACUUGAGUUCCAUUCCUUCUAAUGGCCCUCAGAAAAAGAAAAAAAAAACCAUGACUGUUGUAUCAGAAAAAAGAGCUUCUGAUAGUUCAAACAGGUUGAUGCUUGGCUAUGGUAAUUACUCAUUUGGUAAUUGCAUUUGCAUGAAAUGGGAUAAACUGUACUGACACUUAUUUGUAGUUAGAGCAAAAGUAAAUAGAUGUACAUAAUAUAUUUUUGAGGGAAUAAAACGUCUCUUGUUUAAGGAUGGAAGAAACUUGUAAAUUAGACAUGUCUAGCAAUGUACAAAAGAGGAAAAAGAAGGAUAUCAUCCCUCUUUUGUUGUUUUAUUUGUUUUUGUUUGUUAGCAGGAUUUUUGCAUCUUCUAAAUAAUGUUUGGCAGGAGUUAAGUAUUUCGGUGGAA